AUGUGUGGUAUAUGUUACAAGGCAGUGACAUAUGAUGAUGUGCAUGUUAACUUUACUCUGGAAGAAUGGGCUUUGCUGGAUCCUUCUCAGAGGAGUCUCUACAAAGAUAUGAUGCUGGAGACCUACAGAAACCUCACUGCUAUAGGUUAUUAUUUGGAAGAAUAG